AAAGAGAGAGAGAGAAAAACGACGUCGGAUUCACACAGGCUGGCAGUUUUCACACUCCACAAAAUCAAAUUGUGAAGAAAAUCAAGCACUCUAGAGAGAGAAGAGAGAAAAAAGAGACGAAGAAGAAGAAGAAGAAAAAGAAAAAGAAAAAGAACAAGAGGAGAAAGAUAUGGGGAUAGUUUCGGAGGCUCACAACGUCAAGGUUCUAGGUAAUGCUAAUGGUCAACAAACCAUAGUCCUCGGCCAUGGAUUCGGUACGGACCAAUCGGUAUGGAAGCACCUCGUUCCUCACCUUGUAGACGACAACAAAGUCAUCUUGUAUGACAGCAUGGGGGCUGGAACGACAAACCCAGACUACUUCGAUUUCGAAAGAUACUCUUCUCUCGAGGGCUACGCUUAUGAUCUUAUUUCCAUACUAGAAGAGGUCCAAAUCCAGUCUUGCAUCUUUGUCGGCCACUCCGUCUCCGGCAUGAUCGGCCUUAUCGCCUCCAUUACUCGCCUCGAUCUUUUCUCCAAAAUCGUCAUGCUCGCCGCCUCUCCACGGUAUUUGAAUGAUGUGGACUACUAUGGAGGGUUCGAGCAGGAAGAUCUGGACCAGCUGUUUGAUGCGAUGAGGGGGAACUACAAGGCGUGGUGUUCUGGGUUCGCACCACUGGCGGUAGGUGGGGAUAUGGACUCGGUUGCGGUUCAAGAGUUUAGUCGGACCCUUUUCAAUAUGAGGCCCGAUAUAGCCUUGAGCGUGGGCCAGACCAUAUUCCAAAGCGACAUGAGGCAGAUUCUGGGCUUGGUCACUGUUCCAUGCCACAUAAUCCAGAGCGUAAAGGACCUGGCCGUUCCCGUCGUUGUGUCUGAGUUCCUACACCAGAACCUGCGCUGCGAAUCCAUCGUCGAGGUCAUGUCAACCGAAGGUCACUUGCCCCAGCUCAGCUCCCCCGACAUAGUCAUCCCCGUUCUUCUUCGGCAUAUUCGUUACGACAUAGCCGUUUGAUCAAUUGAUAUCUGAUCACGAAGCUAACAAAUACGGUUUUCGUUUAUCUUUCUUAUGAUUCCGGAAAUGUUAGUUCUCGGAUUAAUUGGAAGUUAAAAAUUUGCAAGGGAUGACCUCAACUAAGUCGAUGGAAAGUGCAGUACUUGUCAAAGUUUAGUGCGUACGUCGUCGUUUUUGUUGUUGUUGUUUUUAGGUCGUUGCAUGUGCAACUGUAUAGUCUUCUGUAUUAAUUGUUGUAUCAUUUCCACUUGGAGGCUACUUGCUUGACUAUUGUGACAAAAGUCAAAUAUCAAGCAUAAAUAAUGUAUUGAGAGGCCACGUGGGUCACACAUCUCGGCCACUAGUUGUCUCUAAAAAGUCCAAAUAAGAAAGUAGAAAAUCCAUUUUUAAAAUUUA